AUGAUNACUGAUUAUCAAUCUUUAGUUAAUCAACUCUUGUGUGCGAUGAAUAUGGAACAAGAAUUUCGUUACAGACGCUUCGCUUGUGAUGAUUUUCGUAUAUCUACAAGCACACCAUUGCCAAUUGUCACGACUGCAACGCGUCAAUCAUCAUUAAUGCUGAUAAACAACAAUGCUGAUUCGAAGAGGCAGGAAACAGAUUUUAUGUAUUCACAAAUCGCAAGAGAUAUUCUACUGGCCAUGGAUUCAAGCCAAGCUGAAAUGAUUAAGUUUUGCCGUCAGCAAUACAUUGAUGAUGAAGCACAGCUACGUUAUAUUCAGGAAUUCGAAGAAAACUAUCGUCCGAAUAAAGCGCUCUAUUGGUACACACGUAAUACAUUUCUUUAUCGUCUAUUAAACAAAGCUUUACGAGAACAAGACAUUGAUAUAUUGUAUUCACUACGAUAUUUUAUCAAAGAUCUCCACGAACAAUUGACGGAUCUUCAUUCUAGACAAGUGUCAACACAAACACCGGAAGAAAGUAAAAGUAUCAUCACUGUUUACCGUGGACAGUUGAUAAACACUCAAGAAUUUGACCAAAAGUUACGAAAUAAUCUCAAUGGAUUUCUUUCUGUCGCUAAUUUUCUUUCUACAACAGUAUCAAAACCAUUAGCGACGAUGUUCGCUGGCAAUGGUACUGAAAUGCAUAUGCAAAGUAUUCUCUUUCAAAUUGAUAUUGAAUCGGCGAUAAAUAAGUUUCCCUAUGCAAAUAUUUCAUCAGAAAGUGCGUUCGGCGACACUGAAGGUGAACUUCUAUUUACCAUGGGUGCAGUUUUCCGUAUACUUUCGAUCGAAUCUACGGGAACGAAUAUGUGGUACAUUCAUAUAAAAUUAACCGGUGAAGAAGAUGAGGAACUAAAAGCUCUAAUCGAUUACAUGAAGACUGGUUUGGAUAAAUUUACACCAGAAAUUCAUUUAGCGAGAUUAUUGUACGAAUUAGCACAAUAUACUAAAGCAAUUACUUAUCUGAAGAAAGCCAUGCAAGAUGCGCAGUUAAUGGAGGAUCCGAUUACACGUGUUUAUAUUUAUAAUGAACUAGGAGAUAUUUAUGCUUCUAUGAACGAUACGGAGACAUCUGAAGAAUAUUAUCGAAAAGCAGUCGAAAUAGAUCUCAAACACCUUUCUGAUCAUCAUCCAGCGGUACUCGUUAUUUACAGUAUACAAGCCACAUUACAUAAAAGACAUGGUGAUUUAGAACAGACUCUCUUCUACUAUAAUAAACUGUUAGAUAUCAGUCUACAACAUCCAGAACAGGCUGAAUGUUGUAAUGCUGAUAGUGAUUAUCGCAAUAUUGCUGCUGUUUAUCAGGAGCAAAAGCGUGAUUUAGAAGCUAUGGAAAUGUGUCGACGAGCUUUGGAAAUUCAGUUGAACACUUUGCCACAUAAUCAUCCGUCAUUUUCUAAAACGUACCAAUAUAUGUCAACAUUUUAUGCGCGACAAGAAGACUAUAAACAAGCCAAUGAAUAUCUUCAAAAAGCCUUGGAAAUUCAAAAACAUUCUCUUCCUCAGGACCAUCCUGAUUUUAUCACAACAUACAACGAUUUAUGCGUCUCAUACUAUAAACUUGAUCAAUUUGAAGAAGCUUUGGAGUGUAUGAAAAAAGCAAAUGAAUUACGAUUGAUAUACUUGCCAGAAAUAAAGCAUUCCAAUCCAGAUAGUGCCAGCAAUAAGUAUCAAAAACGAAUUCAAGAUGCUGAUGAAUUAUUAGAAAUUAUCCAACAAAGAAAACAAACCAAUGCUUAA